AUAAAAACAAAAAUCCUGGUGCGACACGGGAAGGUCUAGUUCGCUUUGAGAAUCGUUGAAAAUAUGGCUUUUUUCAUGUUUCCAAAUGUCGUGGAGUAUGCCUGCGUUUGCGGCUUACUUAAUCCGUUGACGAAAUUGUAUUUUUGUCGAUACUGUAUGAAACUCCGUUGUGGAUUUUGUGUUUGCCAUGAGGUCGAUUCACAUUUUUGCUCCAAUUGUUUGGAGAACAUUCCUUCGUCUGAAGCCAAAAUACGGAAGAAUAGAUGCAAUACUUGCUUCAACUGCCCAAGUUGUCAGCACACACUGUCGGUACGUGCCUCGAACGCUCCUGUGCCAGCAGUGACUGCCCCUGGUAGCUCGACUGAUAAUCAGAAGAAGGAAAGCACCCCGGAACCAGCUCCGGCGAAGCAAGUCACCAGAAAAAUGUAUUACUUAGCUUGCUUGAAUUGUCGUUGGAGCUCCCGGGAUGUUGGAAUUCCAGACCAAACUGUUGCUACGGGACAGUGGCCGGAACCUGAGUACUCCAACGCCACUCGAUUUGCAAUGCUUCUCGAGCACUACCAAUCGGUGGUGUUGCAUGAGAAGCAGGAAAAGCAGGAACUCUGGCGACGCAAGACACCCAAGCAGAGCAAGUUUCCGAGUUUAACCGAUCGCACCGGGCUAACGGUAUCGAUGAUUCGACGACAAAUGGGUUGGACGGACAGCAAAACCCAAAUAAAAGCGACACCGUCAGCGAUAAAUAGGUCGGUUGCCAGUGAGAACGUAGCUGAGCUUCCUCUGGAGAUCUUAACUAAAGAAAUCAAUCUGAAAAGUAUUACUACAGUUCAGCAACGAUUGUCGCAACCGGCUAAGCAGCCAUCCACUGUCAACAAACUAUAUCCACAACACAAAUUGUUAUCAAUCAAGCGAUCGCUCCGUUGCCGUCAGUGUGAUCAUAAUGUAAUCAAAUCAGAAUACAAUCCGAGCUCGAUCAAGUAUCGGAUUGCCAUGUUCGCUACUUAUCACGUUCCGGAAGUGCGCUUCGUCAAAUGUGACCCACUCAAAGCGGGGACUGAGUCAACGCUGGUGCUGAAACUGAUUAAUCCAACGAUCAAUGAUAUGACUAUCACUAUCAUGGAGCUACCGACUGAAGAAGACGAAAAGUUAAUGAUUGAGGAGUUGAAGGCUGCUGCUGAAAGUAGCGCCUCUUCUUCGCUAAUGAUUAGUGGAUUGAGCUCGAGCUUAGCAAAACAGGCCACAUUAUUGGAAGAUCCACGGAUUGUCGAGCCGAAGGUCAACGGAAGUUUUAGACUGCCCGAUUCGUCGUUUGUUAUCAAUCAUCGAGAUGAUUCGGCCGAAUUUGACGAAGUUGUUCAAUCGAAGUUGGAGGAUCCCAAAUUCAUCGUUUGGCGUAAAGCAAACCAAAUAGCUAUCAAAUUGGCGGUUCAACCACGAGAUGGUUGCCAACCGGAUGAUGACAUCUUCAUAGGAUUCUCACUGCAGUACACAUACGUUAAUACGGUGGUUGAAAAGAGCGGCACCCCAACCAAAGGUCCGCUGAUGCAAGCUCUUACCACCAGGGUUUAUAUCAAGCUUCCGAAGGCAACGUCAAACGUGACUGAAUCUGUGUAAAAAUAUCAAUCAUUCAUCAUUUAUUUAUUGCUUAUUGAAAAACAAUGUAACCCACUCACAUACGCGUAUAAUCUUGAAGGAUUCAAUAAAGUAUCUCAAUACAACCAAA